GCGGGGAACUUUGGCUGGGGCGACCGCGGCUUCUUGGGCGCUUUAGACUGCUGGCGGUGGCGGCUCCUGGAGCGGCGGGGCGCUCGGCCAGCUUUCUAGCUCGGAACCGAGCGCCAGGGUUCGCGGGCCCGGCCUGGAAAGUUUGCUGGGGAGCCGCAACCUCCUGGCCGGCGCGGCCCAGCAUGAAGCGGCGCUGAGGAGCUGCCGCGGCCGCCUGAGGAGGAGCCGCAGCACCCCGGGCCACGCCGAUGACUACUGCAAACUGUGGCGCCCACGACGAGCUCGACUUCAAACUCGUCUUCGGCGAGGACGGGGCGGCGCCGGAGUCCCAGGGCUCGCGGCCUGCAGAUCUUGAGCCAGAUGAUUGUGCAUCCAUUUACAUCUUUAAUGUAGAUCCACCUCCAUCUUCUUUAAACUCAUCACUUGGCUUACCACAUCAUGGAUUGCCGUCUCACUCUUCUGUUUUGUCACCAUCAUUUCAGCUCCAAGGUCACAAAAACUAUGAAGAAACUGGUGAUAUUCCUGAAUCCAAAUAUAGCCCAUUAGGUGGUCCCAAACCCUUUGAGUGCCCAAGUAUUCAAAUUACAUCCAUCUCUCCUAACUGUCAUCAAGAAACAGAUGUCCAUGAAGAUGAUCUACAUAUAAAUGAUCCAGAAAGGGAAUAUUUGGAAAGGCCUUCUAGAGAUCAUCUCUACCUUCCUCUUGAGCCUUCCUACCGAGAGUCUUCCCUUAGUCCUAGUCCUGCCAGCAGCAUUUCUUCUAGGAGCUGGUUCUCAGAUGCAUCGUCUUGUGAAUCUCUCUCACAUAUUUAUGAUGAUGUGGACUCAGAGCUGAAUGAAGCUGCUGCUCGAUUUACUCUUGGAUCUCCUCUGACUUCUCCAGGUGGCUCUCCAGGAGGUUGCCCUGGAGAAGAUUCGUGGCAUCAACAGUAUGGACUUGGACACUCUUUGUCACCUAGGCAAUCUCCUUGCCACUCUCCCAGAUCCAGUAUCACUGAUGAGAAUUGGCUGAGCCCCAGGCCAGCCUCAGGACCCUCAUCGAGGCCCACUUCCCCCUGUGGGAAACGACGGCACUCCAGUGCUGAAGUGUGUUAUGCUGGUUCCCUUUCACCCCAUCACUCACCUGUUCCUUCUCCUGGUCACUCCCCUAGAGGAAGUAUAACAGAAGAUACCUGGCUUACUGCUUCUGUUCACAGUGGAGCAGGUGUUGGCCCUGCACUUUUUCCAUUUCAGUACUGUGUGGAAACUGAUAUCCCUUUGAAAACAAGGAAGACUUCUGAAGAUCAAGCUGCCAUACUACCAGGAAAAUUAGAACUCUGUUCAGAUGAUCAAGGGAGCUUAUCACCAUCCCGGGAGACUUCAAUAGAUGAUGGCCUUGGAUCUCAGUAUCCUUUAAAGAAAGAUUCAUCUGGUGACCAAUUUCUUUCAGUUCCUUCACCCUUUACCUGGAGCAAACCAAAGCCUGGCCACACCCCUAUAUUUCGCACAUCUUCAUUACCUCCAUUAGACUGGCCUUUACCAACUCACUUUGGACAAUGUGAAUUGAAAAUAGAAGUGCAACCUAAAACUCAUCAUCGUGCCCAUUAUGAAACUGAAGGUAGUCGAGGGGCAGUAAAAGCCUCUACUGGUGGACAUCCUGUUGUGAAGCUCCUGGGCUAUAAUGAAAAACCAAUAAAUCUACAGAUGUUUAUUGGAACAGCAGAUGAUCGGUAUUUGCGACCUCACGCAUUUUACCAGGUGCAUCGAAUCACUGGAAAGACAGUUGCUACUGCAAGUCAAGAGAUAAUAAUUGCCAGUACAAAAGUUCUGGAAAUUCCACUUCUUCCUGAAAAUAAUAUGUCAGCCAGCAUUGACUGUGCAGGUAUUUUGAAACUCCGAAAUUCAGAUAUAGAACUUCGAAAAGGAGAAACCGAUAUUGGCAGAAAGAAUACUAGAGUACGACUUGUGUUCCGUGUACACAUCCCACAGCCCAAUGGAAAAGUCCUUUCUCUGCAGAUAGCUUCUACACCUGUUGAAUGCUCUCAGCGAUCUGCUCAAGAACUUCCUCAUAUUGAGAAGUACAGUAUCAACAGCUGUUCUGUAAAUGGAGGCCAUGAAAUGAUUGUGACUGGAUCUAAUUUUCUUCCAGAAUCCAAAAUCAUUUUUCUUGAAAAAGGACAAGAUGGAAGACCUCAUUGGGAAGCAGAAGGGAAAAUAAUUCGGGAAAAAUGUCAAGGGGCUCACAUUGUUCUUGAAGUUCCUCCCUAUCAUAACCCAGCAGUUACAGCUGCAGUGCAGGUGCACUUUUAUCUUUGCAAUGGCAAGAGGAAAAAAAGCCAGUCUCAACGUUUUACUUACACACCAGUUUUGAUGAAGCAAGAACAAAGAGAAGAUGUUGAUUUGUCUUCAGUUCCACCUUUACCUGUGCCUCAUCCUGCCCAGACCCAGAGGCCUUCUUCAGAUACAGGGCACCCACAUGACAGUGUACUGUCAGUACAGAGAAGCUUGAUUUGUCCCAUCCAGCCAUCAUAUGCAUCCAUGGUAACCUCUUCCCAUCUGCCACAAUUGCAGUGUAGGGAUGAGGGUGCUGGUAAAGAACAGCCCAUAAUGCCAUCAUCAGUUGUGCACCAGCCUUUUCAAGUUACAUCAGCAUCUCCUAUGGGGUCUUCCUAUCAGCCUAUGCAAAAUAAUGUGUACAGUGGACCAACUUGUCUUCCUAUUAAUGCUGCCUCUAGUCAAGAAUUUGAUCCAGUUUUGUUUCAGCAGGAUGCAGCUCUUCCUAGUUUAUUAAACCUUAGCUGUCAACCACUGUCAUCAGUAGCAUUUCAUUCUUCAAAUUCAGGCACAACAGGACAUCUCUUAGCACAUUCACCUCAUUCUGUGCAAACCCCACCUCAUCUGCAGUCAAUGGGAUACCAUUGUUCAAACACAGGACAAAGAUCUCUUUCUUCUCCAGUGGCAGACCAGGUUACAGGUCAGCCGCCUUCUCAGUUACAGCCUAUUACAUAUUGUCCUUCACAUCCGGGAUCUGCUACAACAGCUUCCCCAGCAACCGCUCAUCCCCUGGCUAGUUCAACUCUUUCUGGGCCAUCGUCCCCUCAGCUACAGUCUAUGCCUUACCAAUCUCCUGGCUCAGGAACUGCCUCAUCACCAUCUCCAACCUCCAGAAUGCAUUCUGGACAGCAUUCAACUCAAGCACAAAGUAUAGGCCAGGGAGGUCUUUCUGUACCUUCAUCCUUAGUAUGUCACAGUUUGUGUGAUCCAGCAUCAUUUUCGCCUGAUGGCGGAGCUGUGAACAUUAAACCUGAACCGGAAGAUCGGGAACCUAACUUUACUACCAUUGGUCUACAGGACAUCACUUUAGAUGAUGACCACUUUAUGUCUCACUUGGAACACCAGUCAUCAGGUUCAACAGAGAAAUGGCCUAAUCACAGUGAACUCUCAUGUCCAGUUCCUUUCUGGAGAAUCUAGAGGUGAACGAGAUAAUUGGGAGAGAUAUGUCCCAGAUUUCUGUUUCCCAAGGCCCUGAGGUGAGCAGAGAGGUUCCUCUCCCAGAUCCUGAGCCUCCGGAUUUAGGAAGAUCUGAUGAGCUGUAACAGUGCUCACUGGAGCCUUGUGCCCACCACCAACUACUCAGCCUAUUUCUCUCUUGGACCUUGGAUUUCCAAAUCUUCAGAACCUGUUGCAGGAGUUGGACACACACCGUUUUUGGGAAAAGCAGCAUUCCUCCACCUCAGGCAUUGGACAGAUUUUGUAAAACAACAACAACAACAACAAAAAAAAAAACAGAACAGUAUAGGCUGUUUGAGCUGUGGGAAAAUGAGUUUUGCAUUUAAAAAAAAUAUUUAAAUAGGAUACUUUUAUAUGAUGGGUGCUUUGAGUAUGAAUGCAGCAGGCUCUCUAUUUCAGAGGUACUGCUUUUAUAGGUGACCUGGUUGCAUAACUAGAAUUAAUAAUUUGUACUGCUUUCUGGUCAUUUGAAGAGCCUUUAGUUUUAAUGUAUUUUUAAAAUAUGAACUUUUGAUGAACCCUUCCAGAGGCAGACAAAAAAGGAAAAAAAAGAAACAUCCUAAGCCCACACUUAGGUCUCAGAAACUCAGCAUGCAUCUUGAAGCCUUUCAUAGAUUCAUAGGAAAGAAAGCCAAAUGUAGCUCAUACUCUUUAUAAAAAGUAAACUUUUAGGUAAAUUGAGAAGAGACCAUUCCAUCACUGAAGUGUUGGAAUUUGAAUACAUUCCAGAGCAUAGCCUUUUUGUAACUUUCUAGGUAGUCAUUCUGCAGUCUCUCCGUACUAGCUCCAUGUUGAAACUGUUUCCUUCCCUCAGGACCUUGGAUAAGAUGAUUUGUAAGGUGACUUUGAAUGGUAGGGUUAUAGCUUGGGUAGCUAUCCUUUUCUACCUAACUAAAAUCUAGUAGGCUAUGGAAUACUCUUUCCAUUUGUAUCCUCCCUGGCCACCUUUUCCAAGUGGCCAGCCUUUUAAAGCCAGUUUCCUGAUGGUUCAGACUUUGCAGUUCUAACUCUUCUCUUGAGGCCAGGCCAGCAGUGUUAGGAGCUAAGUAUGAAUGAACUGUGUAACAG